AUGUCAAUGCAAAGCCUCCCAGUUGAAAUCGUGUAUACGGUACUUCGAUUUGUAGGCAGUGAUUCACUUCGAAAACAGGAAGCAUGCUGCCUACUGGUCUCUAGGUGGUGGUACAAUCUUGCGGAGACCAUUCUGCUCGAAGACCUGGUUCUCAAUACAAAUCAGCUUUUACACAUCCCUGAAAAGACGCUUGACAAGCUGAGAAUACUUGCACAAUGGCUUACAGUCGAUAUGAAGGACACCCUAGACUCGCACGGCCACGAAGAGUUAGAUGAUUGCUUCAGUCGAUUGCUACCCCAUUGUUCCAGACUGAUAGGUCUCAAUUUGCUCGCACAUAGCCACUUCAAUCCUGAAGAACCUUUGGCACCCCAUACGAACUACCUCGAAACGUGGUCACCCACAAAGCUGCUAGAUACGCUCCAAUGUUCUAAGAUCUCUGAGCUUGUUAUUGACACCUGUGGCUCUGAGGUCAAGGGCGGCGUGCAUAUCUGCCCCCACCUGGCGCUAAAUAUCUCUUCUCUACGAUCUAUUCGCCUGAGGAUGCGUAGCAUAUGUCCUCAGGUAUUUGACCUUCAACACGAUUCAAAGAUUGAGAGCAUUCUCAUUAAUCUCAGUCUCAUGGAGCCCGAUCGCCUUCACGCAGGUUUUAGCCGUCAUUGCACUGAGACAAAUCCUGCGUAUCAGUUAUGUGAAGACAUGGUUGCCGCUGCCACAAAGGUCGCAAAAAGCCAACCUAGCAUGAAAAUAUUGAGGAUACUAUGCCAUAGACACCCGUAUCUAGAGAUAGUGUCUAGGGAUUGCAUCAAUGGGACUGAGAUGAUUCUCUCGAUUGAUGAUGGGUGGGACUGGAGUGAUAAUGGGCAUCCGGAUUCAGAUGAUGAGGAAAUCUCCGGUCAAGACUUGUUUUCAACUGAAAGUGAGGACAAUGAGAGGUUCAUCUAG